AGGGUUGUUUUGGGUCUUUUUGUCGUACUGUUAACGUGGGUUGCUUCUGGAGUUUGUGUGUUGGCUAAUUGACUAUAAGGUGUUUUUGUUUUAAAAUUUUCUCGAUCUAACUGCAGCAUGGCGGAUGUAACUGCCCGAAGCCUGCAGUAUGAGUACAAGGCGAACUCUAACCUUGUGUUGCAAGCUGAUCGUUCUUUGAUUGACCGCACACGCCGUGAUGAACCGACUGGGGAAGUACUGUCUCUUGUUGGAAAGCUGGAGGGGACACGAAUGGGAGAUAAAUCCCAAAGAACAAAACCCCAGAUGCUGGAGGAAAGGAGAGCCAAGCGGCGUAAGAGAGAUGAAGACCGACAUGACAUUAAUAAAAUGAAGGGCUAUACACUACUCUCGCAAGGAAUUGAUGAAAUGGUAGGCAUUGUUUACAAACCAAAAACCAAAGAAACCCGUGAGACAUAUGAGGUGUUGCUCAGUUUCAUCCAGGCUGCGCUUGGAGAUCAGCCACGUGAUAUUCUUUGUGGAGCUGCAGAUGAAGUUCUUGCUGUCCUGAAGAAUGACAAACUGCGUGACAAAGAGAGAAGGAAGGAGAUUGAACUUCUGCUUGGACAGACAGAUGACACUCGUUAUCAUGUAUUGGUUAAUCUAGGAAAGAAGAUCACAGACUAUGGUGGGGAGAAAGAAGCUCAAAAUAUGGAUGACAACAUUGAUGAGACCUAUGGUGUGAAUGUACAGUUCGAGUCUGAUGAAGAGGAGGGUGAUGAAGAUGCUUAUGGUGAGGUUCGAGAUGAGGCAUCUGAUGAAGACACUGAUGGUGAAGAGGCUGAUGAUGGUCCUGUACUCUCUGCAAAUCUGGGAGCAUCUGGUGAUAUCAUGAGCGCCAAGAAGAAGGACCUUCACCCACGAGAUAUUGAUGCAUACUGGCUUCAGAGACAGCUGGGCCGUUUUUAUGAUGAUGCUAUAAUGUCUCAGAAGAAAGCAGACGAAGUCCUGGAGAUUUUAAAGACUGCUGGCGAUGAUAGAGAGUGUGAGAACCAGCUUGUCCUCCUGCUUGGAUUUAAUACCUUUGAUUUUAUCCGUGUGUUACGUCAACACAGAAUGAUGAUUCUGUAUUGCACCUUGCUUGCCAGUGCACAAAGUGGGGCAGAGAAAGAGAGGAUUAUGAGUAAAAUGAAUUCUGACCCUGAGCUGUCACGGGUUCUGUACCAGCUGCAGGAGACUGAAAAAGAAGAUAUUAUCCGGGAUAAGCGUUCAAUAAGGGCUCAAAUGCGUCAGUCUCGAGUGGAAGUUGACCUGGAAGCCAUGAAUAUGACUCAAGAGGGAGAGGCUUUGGCUCCUCGUCAGGUACUGGAUUUGGAAGACUUGAUGUUUUCUCAGGGCAGUCAUUAUAUGGCCAAUAAACGCUGCCAACUGCCAGAUGGUUCUUUCCGCAAACAACGCAAAGGUUAUGAAGAAGUACAUGUUCCUGCAUUGAAACCCAAGCCUUUUGUUGCCGAUGAGCAAAUGGUUCCCAUAGAGAAGUUACCGAAGUAUGCCCAAGCAGCAUUUGAUGGAUUCAAAUCUCUUAACCGAAUCCAGAGCAGGCUGUUCAGAGCUGCCUUGGAAACUGACCAAAACCUGCUGCUAUGUGCUCCAACUGGUGCUGGAAAGACCAACGUUGCUCUAAUGUGCAUGCUAAGAGAGAUUGGGAAACACAUUAACAUGGAUGGUACAAUCAAUGUGGAUGAGUUUAAAAUGAUUUACAUUGCCCCCAUGAGGUCUCUAGUGCAGGAGAUGGUGGGCAGCUUUGGAAAGCGUUUGGCAAGCUAUGGGAUUAUUGUGGGAGAGUUGACAGGAGACCACCAACUUUGCAAGGAGGAGAUUAACGCCACUCAGAUAAUUGUUUGCACCCCAGAGAAGUGGGACAUCAUCACUCGGAAAGGAGGCGAGCGCACCUACACUCAGCUUGUUAGGCUCAUCAUUGUUGAUGAAAUCCAUCUGCUGCAUGAUGACCGUGGUCCAGUGCUGGAGGCCCUUGUCGCUCGAUCUAUCCGCAAUAUUGAGACUACACAAGAAGAUGUGAGAUUGGUUGGGCUUAGUGCUACACUUCCAAAUUUUGAGGACGUAGCAACUUUUUUGAGAGUUGACCCUGAAAAGGGGCUUUUCUUUUUUGACAACAGCUUCCGACCUGUACCCCUUGAACAAACUUACGUUGGGAUUACAGAAAAGAAAGCUAUCAAACGGUUCCAGAUAAUGAAUGAAAUAGUGUAUGAAAAAACCAUGGAGCAUGCUGGCAAAAACCAGGUGUUAGUGUUUGUUCACUCACGAAAGGAAACUGGAAAGACUGCGCGAGCCAUUAGAGACAUGUGUUUGGAAAAAGAUACCCUGGGAUUGUUCUUACGAGAGGGCUCUGCUUCUACAGAAGUUUUGCGGUCUGAGGCAGAGCAGUGCAAGAACCUGGAAUUGAAAGACUUGCUACCAUAUGGGUUUGCAAUUCAUCAUGCUGGAAUGACCAGAGUGGACAGGACUCUUGUGGAAGAUUUGUUUGCUGAUCGACACAUUCAGGUUCUUGUCUCUACAGCAACCCUGGCUUGGGGUGUAAACCUUCCAGCUCACACUGUUGUUAUUAAAGGUACACAAGUGUACAGUCCAGAGAAGGGCCGCUGGACAGAGCUUGGAGCACUUGAUGUCCUACAGAUGUUGGGUCGAGCUGGACGACCACAGUAUGACACAAAAGGUGAGGGAAUCUUAAUCACAUCUCACGGAGAGUUGCAGUUUUACUUGUCUCUGCUAAAUCAGCAGCUACCAAUUGAGAGCCAGAUGGUCUCCAAACUGGCGGAUAUGUUGAAUGCUGAGAUCGUCCUUGGUAAUGUACAGAAUACAAAGGAUGCUGUGAACUGGCUGGGCUACACUUACCUGUACAUUAGAAUGCUACGGUCUCCAGGCCUUUAUGGAAUCGCUCAUGAUGAUAUGAAGGUAGACCCACUCUUGGAACAACGGCGCCUUGAUCUGGUCCAUACUGCCAUGCUGAUCUUGGACAAAAACAACCUGGUGAAGUACGAUAAAAAGACUGGCAAUUUCCAGGUGACCGAGUUGGGCCGUAUUGCUAGUCACUAUUACAUCACACAUGACACCAUCCAGACUUACAAUCAGUUGCUGAAGCCUACCCUGAGUGAGAUUGAGCUUUUCAGAGUUUUUUCCCUUUCUUCUGAGUUCAAAAACAUCACUGUUCGAGAGGAAGAAAAGCUGGAAUUGCAGAAACUUUUGGAGAGAGUACCAAUUCCUGUUAAAGAGAGUAUUGAAGAACCAAGUGCCAAGAUAAAUGUUCUGCUUCAGGCAUUCAUCUCCCAACUGAAAUUGGAAGGAUUUGCUUUAAUGGCUGACAUGGUUUAUGUCACACAGUCUGCUGGACGUCUGAUGCGUGCUAUAUUUGAAAUUGUUCUGAAUCGAGGGUGGGCUCAACUAACAGAUAAGACGCUGAACCUCUGCAAAAUGAUUGAUAAGAGAAUGUGGCAGUCCAUGUGCCCUCUCAGACAGUUCAGGAAGCUACCAGAGGAGGUCAUAAAGAAGAUAGAAAAGAAAAACUUUCCUUUUGAGCGUCUGUAUGAUUUAAAUCACAAUGAAAUUGGGGAAUUGAUUCGAGUGCCCAAGAUGGGAAAGACUAUCCACAAAUUUGUGCAUAUGUUCCCUAAACUGGAACUGUCAGUGCAUCUGCAGCCCAUUACUCGUUCAACACUAAAAGUGGAGCUAACAAUCACUCCUGAUUUCCAGUGGGAUGAGAAGAUUCAUGGUUCCUCUGAGGCUUUCUGGAUCCUAGUGGAGGAUGUGGACAGUGAAGUGAUCCUGCAUCAUGAAUAUUUCCUUCUCAAAGCUAAGUAUGCCCAGGAUGAACAUCUGGUCAUGUUCUUUGUCCCUGUUUUUGAACCUCUCCCACCGCAGUACUUUAUCCGUGUGGUGUCUGAUCGAUGGCUGUCUUGCGAGACCCAACUUCCAGUGUCCUUCCGCCAUCUGAUCUUACCUGAGAAGUAUCCUCCUCCAACAGAACUAUUGGAUCUCCAGCCGCUGCCAGUGUCUGCUUUGCGAAAUAGCUCUUUUGAGAGUCUGUAUCAGGACAGCUUCCCAUUUUUCAAUCCCAUUCAGACACAAGUCUUUAAUGCUGUGUACAACAGUGAUGAGAACAUUUUUGUCGGUGCCCCAACUGGCAGUGGGAAGACGAUCUGCGCAGAGUUUGCAAUCCUGCGAAUGUUACUACAAAAUGCUGAGGGGCGCUGCAUCUACAUCACCCCAAUGGAAGCCCUUGCUGAACAGGUGUUUGUGGACUGGUAUGAGAAAUUCCAAGAGAAGUUAAAUAAGAAAGUGGUGCUGUUGACUGGGGAGACAAGCACGGACCUUAAAUUGUUGGGGAAGGGCAAUAUCAUCAUUAGUACCCCUGAUAAGUGGGACAUUCUCUCCCGUCGUUGGAAGCAGCGCAAAAAUGUUCAGAAUGUUAACCUCUUCAUUGUAGAUGAGACCCACUUGAUAGGAGGGGAAAAUGGACCAGUUCUAGAGGUCAUCUGUUCCAGAAUGAGGUAUAUCUCGUCCCAGAUUGAACGGCCAAUCAGAAUUGUUGCUCUUAGUUCUUCCCUUUCCAAUGCAAAGGAUGUGGCCCAUUGGUUAGGUUGCAGUACCACUGCAACUUUCAACUUCCAUCCAAAUGUCAGGCCUGUGCCAUUGGAACUACACAUUCAGGGUUUUAAUGUCAGUCAUACUCAGACUCGUUUGCUCUCAAUGGCAAAGCCUGUGUACCAUGCUAUCAUUAAACAUUCUGCAAAGAAACCCGUUAUUGUAUUUGUUCCAUCACGUAAACAGACCCGCUUGACUGCCAUUGAUAUUCUGACCACAUGUGCAGCAGAUGUCCAAAGGCAGAGAUUUUUACACUGUACAGAAAAGGACAUUGCUCCAUAUGUGGAAAAACUGAGUGAUAAUACCUUGAAGGAGACGCUGUCUAAUGGAGUGGGUUACCUACAUGAAGGGUUGAACCUUACAGAACGCAACAUUGUGGAGCAGCUGUUCAGCUCAGGUGCUGUGCAAGUGGUGGUUGCAUCUCGUAGUCUCUGUUGGGGUAUGAGUAUCUGCGCUCACCUGGUAAUUAUAAUGGACACACAGUACUACAAUGGCAAAAUCCAUGCGUAUGUGGAUUACCCAAUUUAUGAUGUGUUACAGAUGGUGGGGCGAGCAAACCGCCCACUGCUGGAUGAUGAAGGGCGCUGUGUUAUUAUGUGUCAAGGAUCAAAAAAGGAUUUUUUUAAGAAGUUCUUGUAUGAGCCCCUUCCUGUUGAAUCUCACCUCGACCACUGCCUCCAUGACCACUUCAAUGCAGAGAUUGUAACAAAAACCAUUGAGAACAAGCAAGAUGCUGUUGACUAUCUAACCUGGACCUUCCUAUAUCGCAGAAUGACCCAGAAUCCUAAUUAUUAUAAUUUGCAAGGUGUCUCUCACAGGCAUCUCUCAGAUCACCUCUCUGAGCUGGUGGAACAAACCUUGAGUGAUCUAGAGCAGUCCAAGUGCAUCAGUAUUGAGGAUGAGAUGGACGUUGCUCCUCUGAAUUUGGGAAUGAUUGCGGCUUACUACUACAUUAAUUACACUACCAUUGAGCUGUUCAGCAUGUCUCUGAAUGCAAAGACUAAGAUCCGUGGGCUUAUUGAAAUCAUUUCAAGUGCAGCAGAGUAUGAGAAUAUUCCCAUACGGCACCAUGAGGACAACCUACUUCGACAGCUGGCUCAGAAAGUUCCACAUAAGCCAAAUAAUCCCAAGUUCAAUGACCCACACUUGAAGACGAACCUUCUACUUCAGGCGCACCUUUCCCGCAUGCAGCUGAGUGCUGAGCUGCAGUCAGACACAGAGGAAAUACUUAGCAAGGCAAUUCGUCUUAUCCAGGCCUGUGUGGAUGUCUUGUCCAGUAAUGGCUGGCUAAGCCCUGCUCUGGCUGCUAUGGAACUUGCUCAGAUGGUAACUCAGGCUAUGUGGUCGAAGGAUUCAUACCUAAAACAGCUGCCACAUUUCACUGCGGAGCACAUCAAACGCUGCACUGAAAAGGGAGUGGAAAGUGUGUUUGAUAUCAUGGAGAUGGAAGAUGAUGACCGCAAUGCACUUCUACAGCUGCCCGAUUCUCUGAUUGCUGAUGUGGCAAGAUUUUGCAAUCGCUACCCCAACAUUGAGCUGUCUUAUGAAGUAGUGGAAAAAGACUCUGUGAAGAGUGGUGGGCCAGUUGUGGUAAUGGUGCAACUGGAGAGAGAGGAGGAAGUAACGGGACCUGUGAUAGCACCACUCUUCCCACAGAAACGAGAAGAAGGUUGGUGGGUUGUGAUAGGAGACCCUAAAUCUAAUAGUUUGAUAUCUAUCAAGAGGCUGACACUCCAACAGAAGGCCAAGGUGAAGUUAGAUUUCGUAGCACCAGUUCCUGGCACACACAACUACACACUUUAUUUUAUGAGUGAUGCUUACAUGGGUUGUGAUCAGGAAUACAAGUUCGCCGUGGAUGUAAAGGAAGCAGACAGUGAAGGGGAAAGUGAUUCAGACUAAAUCAUUCAUCCUUUUAACGUUUCAUCUGUGGUUGAGUGCAGGAGCUGGAACUCCUUAUUUUUAAAGACUGACAGCUGCACUUCUCCAUUUAAAGUGGGAGCCCAUCUGUGUGGCAGAUAUUUUACAUUUGCUCUGUUGAAAGCAAGACUUUUGCUGUGCUGUUCAUGUGGACCGAUGGCAGCAGUAUUUCAGACAGGACUACAAUUUUUGCUGUUACUGAUGUUUCUGUGUUUAGAUUAAACAGUUGAACUGUUUAUUUUUUAUAAUUUAAGCACAGCUCCUUACACUGUAUUAGAAUUUAGCAAUGACUAAACACAGGUCCGCUGUAUAUACUUUGUGAUACUGUUGCAUUUCCCUGCUGAUGAGUAGAUGCCUUUGAUAUACAGUUAAAUAUAUAAAGUAAAAGGAAAUAUUCCUCUGUA